UUACAUUUGAAACCUUUAACAAUAAGCCACAAACGAAUGUUAUAUUUUAAACUUUGUAUUUAGCUUAGUGGUUCGUAAAUGUCGACCCACAUCUCAACAGAAAGUAGUUUAGAACAGAAACUGCUCGGAAAUUCGCAAACGCUUGCUUGACAGUUAUCAGAAAGGAAAAAAAAACUCUUCGCAGGUAAUGUUGGUAAACACGGGGUUGCUGAUCAGCGUUACAUUUCGUAUGAAAUACAUCGGUGUAAAUUGAUUCGGAAAGUGGUUUUUCUCAUCAUUUGUGUGAUACGCAGAGCUAUACAACAUGCUCAAGACAUUUUGUCGUAUCUGUUUGACGGCGACGGGUGUAGAGUACAGCAUCGACGAGGCUAUUGACGGCACAAAAUCGCUGUAUACAGUGGUUUGCAGGCUGUGCCCUGAAGCAUUCCCGGACAAAAGCAGUGAAUGGUCGAGACAUGUCUGUGAACACUGCAGGCAACGAAUCUUAAAUGCGCAAGAGCUAUACGAUCUCUGUAAGAUAAGCAUUGAAUGUUUCGAGGAACUUUAUCCCAAGGGAAAGUCCAGCAAACCAAAUGUAAGCGAGAUUGACGCUGAAGAAGACCAUUGCGAGUCCUAUCCCGACAUGAACGGUAUAGACGUUCUAGAGGAAGACGCCGAGAUCGUACGAUCAUUCCUCGGAUUGAACAGGGCUAUCAGCGCUGCUCCGAGCUACGAAUUAUCUAUGGAGGAAACAAAUUGUUCAGAGCCUGAUUGGAUGGUAUCUAUAGCAGAAGAUCCGUUUACGAUAGAACCAUCGCAUGAUCAAGAUGAGUCGUUUGAUUCAUGUAUCGAUGAGGAACACAAAACACAAGACAAUCGUUCUGUCACAGCUGCGAACGGAAAUGUGGAUUUACCUGACGCAAAUUUCGCAACAGAUUACCAGUCCUCAUCUCAAGAUGCUUUUAAAAUGCAAGAAGACGGGCAUUACGGCGAAAUUGUUUUAUCUACUAAGUCCCACGGAAAUGGAAUGUUCAAUGAUUUAAUAGAUUCAAUUAUCUAUGCGACUGUGUUUAACGAUGAGGUGUCUGUGUUGCACAAGGAGAAGCUUCGUUGCACGUUUUGCGAAGAUGAAGUUUUUUCAUCACAAAUUAUUUUGAAUAAUCACUUGAAAGAGUUGCAUUCAGAUAAGAUUUUUAUUUGCAAUCCAUGUGAUAGAGUAUUUGUGGACGAAGAAACGUAUAACACUCAUGAAAAAUACCAUUCAUUGGAUCGUUGUUGUUUCUGUACUAUUUGUGAAAAGGGAUUUGAGAUUCCUAGAUCUUUAAGAGAGCAUAUAGCCAUAAAUCAUGCAUCACAAGAACAUUCCUGCAUCUGUCCAUCUUGUGGUGUGAAAAUGGAUGAUUACACAAAGCUAGAGAGCCAUAUCAAGAGCCACGAGGAAGUUAAAUCAUUUUACUGCAAUUUAUGUCCGUUACGGUUUCAUAAAGAAGUGAGAUUGAAGGAGCAUUUAAAAAGACAUGAAAAUGAAGAAAAUUUCCCUUGUGAAGUAUGUGGGCAGCGUUUAUCUACAAGACGAAAUUUGAAAAAUCAUCAACGUUUGAAGCAUACCGUUCGUACAGGUGAGAAGCCAUUUGGUUGUGAUGUGUGCGGAAAAAGAUUCGAAUCAAAACAAAGAAGUCAAAAGCACAUGAUAACGCAUACCGGCGAGAGACCUUAUGCUUGCAUGUUUUGCGAUCGGCGGUAUGGUGAUGUAGGAGAUUUGAAGAGCCAUUUGCGGAAACAUCUCGGAGACAAUAUAUAUCAGUGCGAUCGGUGCGAUGCGUCAUUCCGUUUAAAGAAGGAACUGAAACGACACUACGCGGUUCAUUUUCAAGGUAAUGAUGCUGAUAACCCUACGUCAGGAGGUAACAGCGAUUUCCGUUUUACUUUAGAGUACAUAGUAAAUUUGCGUCGCCAGAAAGAGCUUUCCAAAUUGCAUGUCGAAGAGAAUCAUUCUUCCGUUGAAUAAACAUUAUACUUGUAAGAAUAUUUAAUAAUUCCUAUAACAAACUCAAUUCUUCGCACGACUUUGAAUAAUUUGCAUAUGGUUUAUUUGCAGAGAUAUAGAAAAGGAUAUAGAGACAUAAAAAUAGCGACAAUUUGGUUUUACGAAAGUCAUUCUAUAAUUUGUAUCUGCCGCCAGUUAUCGUGAUAAAUAUUGAACUGAGUAGUCUCGCCUCGUUUUAAAAAACAGUACUACUGAUCCAAUCUUUCUAAAGCCAUGGAGUAGUACAACUCAAGCAGCAGGCGAACUUCACGUGAAUCAUUGAAUUGUCGGAUCUUUUUUCAGUUUUCUCUGACGUUGCUCAUCAUAUGAAUAUUCUUUCUUCAAUAUUAAAUAUGACUAAAAGAAUACCUCUUUUGAUUCCACCGUUAACGGUGACAGAAAUAUGUUGAGAAAUUAGCGGAAGUAUCCCAACAUAAUGAACAUUUUAUUACAUUUGAAGCCUUUAACAAUAAGCCACAAACGAAUGUUAUAUUUUAAACUUUGUAUUUAGCUUAGUGGUUCGUAAAUGUCGACCCACAUCUCAACAGAAAGUAGUUUAGAACAGAAACUGCUCGGAAAUUCGCAAACGCUUGCUUGACAGUUAUCAGAAAGGAAAAAAAAACUCUUCGCAGGUAAUGUUGGUAAACACGGGGUUGCUGAUCAGCGUUACAUUUCGUAUGAAAUACAUCGGUGUAAAUUGAUUCGGAAAGUGGUUUCUCUCAUCAUUUGUGUGAUACGCAGAGCUAUACAACAUGCUCAAGACAUUUUGUCGUAUCUGUUUGACGGCGACGGGUGUAGAGUACAGCAUCGACGAAGCUAUCGACGGCACAAAAUCGCUGUAUACAGUGGUUUGCAGGCUGUGCCCUGAAGCAUUCCCGGACAAAAGCAGUGAAUGGUCGAGACAUGUCUGUGAACACUGCAGGCAACGAAUCUUAAAUGCGCAAGAGCUAUACGAUCUCUGUAAGAUAAGCAUUGAAUGUUUCGAGGAACUUUAUCCCAAGGGAAAGUCCAGUAAACCAAAUGUAAGCGAGAUUGACGCUGAAGAAGACCAUUGCGAAUCCUAUCCCGACAUGAACGGUAUAGACGUUCUAGAGGAAGACGCCGAGAUCGUACGAUCAUUCCUCGGAUUGAACAGGGCUAUCAGCGCUGCUCCGAGCUACGAAUUAUCUAUGGAGGAAAAAAAUUGUU